ACGAAGAAGAUCUCAGAUGGAGACUGAUGACAGAAACUGAGCACUGCAGCAGCUCUCUCUCUCUCUCAAAGAUGAGCAAGAAGCGAGUGCUGAUAGUUGGAGGCACAGGCUACUUGGGGCAGCACCUCUUGCAGUCUUUCUCUGAAGAUUCAGACCCAAAAUCGCCCUUAGCUCUCGGAUUCACGCACCAUUCCUCCCCUCCUCCUCAGCCGCUGCUCGAUGCGAUCCCUCAGGCUAUCCCUUUCCACGUCGAUUUACGUACCGGCGGUGGCCUCGAUGCCAUCUCCCACGCAUUCGGACAGCCUGAUGUGGUGAUCAAUUGUGCUGCUCUUUCCGUUCCUCGCGUGUGCGAGAUGGAUCCUGAGGCUGCCAUGUCGAUAAAUGUGCCUACCUCUCUUGUGAGAUGGCUAUCAAGCUUUAAAGAGAGCAAUACCCUUCUGAUUCAUUUGUCAACUGAUCAAGUUUAUGAAGGAACCAAAUCCUUCUAUAAAGAAGAAGAUGAGACUGUUCCUGUGAAUGUUUAUGGGAAAUCUAAAGUUGAAGCAGAGCAUUAUGUGUCUGCAAACUGCCGAAACUUUGCAAUCUUGAGAAGCAGUAUAAUCUAUGGACCACAAACUAUCUCUCCUGUUCCUAAAUCACUUCCAAUCCAGUGGAUGGAUGGUGUACUUGCUAAAGGGGAGGCAUUAGAUUUCUUUCAUGACGAGUUCCGGUGUCCCGUCUUUGUCAAGGAUCUUAUUGCGGUCAUACAAAUAUUGACUAACCGAUGGAUCUCAGAGAGUAAGCAAAUGCAGUUGCUUCUCAAUGUUGGUGGGCCAGAUAGGGUAUCAAGGGUUCAAAUGGCUGAGGCAGUUGCACAUGUUAAAGGUUAUAGUACCUCGUUGAUCAAACCAGUUUCUGCAUCAUCAGUUGAUCGUGGUGUCAAGUCCCCUUCAGACAUUUCCAUGGAUAUCACAAAGCUGAUUCGGACGAUCGGUAUUUCACCAACUCCUUACAUGGAUGGUGUCAGAUUGACACUUGAACUUAAAGCUACUCUAUAGUUUUGGAAAUUCUGGUGGUUCCCUACGGUGAGUUCGGUGAAGGGUUCGUCUUAAAGAACUGGUUCCAGUACCGAUCUAGUUGUGAUCGAAUCAAACUCCCAUGGAACUCAUAUGUCUAUUGUUUCUAAACAUUGUACUGCUCAUCAAAGAAGGAUAAUGAUAAAUGUUCAAGAAAAGGAAUGAAGCUACCAUUCUUUUUUAGUA